AUGUCUUUUAAGGAAGAACCACAAUCACCUUUGCAACCACCAGCAUAUGGAAACUUAAUCACAAUUCUCAGUAUCGAUGGAGGUGGAGUACGAGGAAUCAUUCCAAGUGUCAUCCUUGAAUUUUUGGAAAUUGAACUACAGAAAUUAGAUGGUGAGAGUGCACGGCUUGCGGAUUAUUUUGAUGUAAUAGCUGGGACAAGCACCGGUGGUCUUGUGACCGCCAUGUUAACCACUCCGGAUGAAGAUAACCGUCCGAUUUUUGCAGCAAAGGAUGUUAAAGAUUUUUAUCUUCAACAUUGUCCUAAGAUCUUUCCACAUGAUAGCCAUCCGUUCGCUCCUGCUACAAAAGUGAUCAAAGCUCUAUCGGGGCCAAAAUAUGAUGGUGAAAAUCUACACAAAGUUAUUCGAGAAACACUACAAGAAAAACGACUCCAUGAAACAUUAACAAAUGUCGUGAUUCCAACAUUUGAUAUCAAAUAUUUGCAACCUGUGAUCUUCUCAAGCUACCAGUUAAAGAAGAACCCAAGUCUUGAUGCCACAUUAUCCGAUAUAUGCAUUGGAACAUCAGCUGCCCCAACUUAUCUUCCUUCACAUUCAUUCCAAAGAAAAGAUACCGAAGGAAAAUUACUUAGAGAAUUCAAUCUUAUUGAUGGUGCAAUAACAGCCAACAAUCCGACUUUAGUUGCCAUAAGUGAAGUAACAAAGGAAAUAACUAGAGGUAGUGCAAAUUUUUUCCCAAUAAAGCCAACAGAAUACGGACGAUUUCUAGUGUUGUCAUUAGGCACAGGGUCACCACAAUUUCAAGAAAAGUAUGAUGCGAUAAAGUCAUCUAGUUGGGGAAUUUUGGGGUGGUUAGCCGGUGGUGGCUCAACCCCAUUGGUGGAUGUAUUUACUCAGGCGAGUGGCGAUAUGGUUGACUAUCAUAUCUCCACUGUCUUCCAAGCCCUUCAUUCAGAAGAAAAUUAUCUUCGUAUUCAGGAUGACACUUUAAGUGGGGACUUAAGUUCCAUGGAUUUGGCAACACAAGAAAACUUAGAAAAUCUUGUGAAAGUGGGACAAGAAUUGUUGAAAAAAAAGGUGGCGAGAGUAAACUUGGGAACAGGCAUAUCUGAGCCUUACCAUCAUACCACCAACGAGAUGGCUUUAAUAAAGUUUGCGAAAAUACUUCAUGAGGAGAAGAAUGUACGAGAACUUAGAUCACCAAGUACUAAUAGAGGAAAAAUUACACGAGAAGGUUCAAUGAAAGAACAAACUAAACUUUCACAAAGAACACCAGCCUUCUCAAAUGCACUUCAUCACUCUCUUCCAGAUUUACAUGAGCUCAACCCAAACUAAGCUUUUCUUUCUAGUAUGGAUAAUUUAUUAUGCGUUUUUCUAAUUUAAGUUCAUAGUUAUAUUGUUUGGGUGAAAACGGAUGCAAGUGUCUUGUUUCACACUUUCAGUUUUUGUUAACCAAAUAUAUAAAUAAUAAAUAAAUAACACUU